CAUUAUAUUGUCCGAUAUUUUUAUUAAAAGAACGGAAAUCAUGGCCAAAAAUGUGACAGUCAAGAAAACACGAAGUUCCCGGACAACACCAUUGCAGUAUACAAAAAUGUUGGACUUCUUUUACUUAAACAAAGGUCUUGCGGAAGGGAAAUUUAAUUCAUUACAUAGAAAAGAAGAGACACAAAGAAAGUGGACAAAACUAGCUGCAGAAUUGAAUAAUGUUCAAGGAGCGACGAAAACUGCCGAACAAUGGCAAGUGGAUAUGAGUGUCAUGUAUUAUGAACUGUUGAAAUCGAACGAAACAAUCACCUCCGAGUGCUAUCGACAACAAUUGGAGCGUUUAAAUGAUAAUUUAAUGCAAAAAUGAUCAUCAAUUGUAUCAAAUCGUCGAAAGAUGAUUCUUCUGCUGACCAUAUCCAUGAUAACGCUCGACCCCAUGCUGCUAUAGUGAAAUAAACACUGAUGGACCUCGAAUGGGAGGUUCUUCCGCACCCAGCGUACUCUCUGGACUUCGUACCAAGCGAUUAUCAUCUGUUC